GCUGAUAUUCUCUAUAUGCCUUAUGAUAAAAUUGAAAAAAUAACCUAUAAGUUUUGUCUUAAUGUAGUAGAUAUAGUGAGUAGAUAUAAAUCAUCAAUUCUAAUUAGAGAUAUUAUUCCUAAUAUUGAUGUAAACUGGCUAAAAGCUAAAGAUGUUAAUCUAAAAAAUAUUUUAACUUCCUAUGCUAUUGCUAUAGUAUUUAAGAAAAUCUAUAAUGAUCCAACAUGUUCACUUAUUUAUCCUAAAUUAUUAUUAACAGAUAAGGGCUCAGAAUUUAGAAGAGAUUGUGAGAGACUGAUGAAAAAGUAUAGUGUAAAAAUCCAGAAGGCUAAUUCUAAACACAAUAUAG